CUGGCUAAUGAGAUGACUGACAUGGUAUCAGUGGAGUGCCAGAGGCAGGGGGCGUGGGCUGUGCUUAAAGAAGGCACUGGAGCACAGCUAUUAUGCCCUGCUACUGGGUCAGCCCUCAGUAGAGAAGACAUAAUCGGUGAGGUGGGGAAAUGGGAAUCACCCCUGUUGUCUUUCAUCCCCUACCCUACGUCUCGUCACGCAAUCCACACAGCUUCCAAGCUUCGGGGACUACGUGCAGGGCAAAGGCUGGUGCUGGGGGGACCAAUGUGUGACUAUGACACUGGGGUGUUGGUCCCUAUUCUGGCAGUCACCAUCCACCCACAGACAGGACUAGUUUAUCCUCUGGGUGGUGUUCACAUGUGCCCUUUCUCACGCAUGCGGCAGCCCAUUCAGAUCGGCUGUCCAAUGCUGGACCCUAGGACAGGAAACUUAGUGCUCACCACAGGGGUCAGUCUUGAUCCUCAUACAGGGGCUAUACUUCCAGUUGGUGGGCUCCUCCUGGGUGAGUCCUUCAUCGAGCCCUUGAGUGGAAGGAUGGUGCGGGUUGGUGGAGGCAGCAUGCGGGGAGGGAAGGUGGUACCUCAUGCUGGGGGGUUUCAGGCUCUGCUAGACAGCCAGGCUCUGUGUGCUUGCUUGCGUGUGGCAGAACUCCUGCAAGGAUGUGGUGAGGAGUGGAUCUCAGGAGCAGCAGAUCCACAAGGUGACCUGGAUAGGCUUUCAGCAGCAACAUCUGAGCUGCAGCAGGCCUGGAGGAGCAGCCAGCAUUGUAUGCUGCAGUUGCUGAGCCGCCUGGAAGCCAUGCAAGAGUGGGGCUGCUGUGUGUUUGAAAAUGGCGGUAGUGUGGGUGAGAUCAAGCUGCCUGGCACUGAGCUCUCCUUGCCCGCUCUGCUAGGGUUUGAGUAUCCUGACCCUGGGGGUUCGGGUUUGCAUGUUCCAGUUCUCGGUGCUCAGUUAGACUGGGUGUCAGGCUGCAUGGUGCCCCUGGCAGGAACCAUGGAGGAUGCAGAUGGUAAAGGGCUGGUUCCCAUACGUUUUGGAGCCCAGACGGUAGACCCGGUCACAGGUGUGCUGGCUCCUGUUGUGGGGGCCCAUCUGGAUGUUUGGAAGCGGACCGUGAUCCCUAUUACUGUGUACCAGUUUCUGACAUUAGGAGAAAAUCCAGACAGUGUAAUGGUGGAAGUCCUCCAGAAGGAAAGCAGUGUUCGGGGCAAUUACUGGUGUGAGCAGACACUGAAGGAAGAGGAGAUGGUGGGAGAUUUUGACAGAGCCAUUAAAAACUAUCUUUGCACAUCCGUGCCAGAGUCUGACUGUAUAGACUGGACGGACACAGAAAGGCAGCUAAGGGAGACCGCCGCUGAGAUCCAGGAAAUCAGCCAUUGUGAAGCCCAGAGAAAAGCUCUCCAGAACUCUGAGUUAUCGCUGCUUCUACAAGCCAAUGUGUUGCUCACUCUCACAGGAGGGGAUGAGGAGGAGUGGGAACAACAGUGUCACUGGAACUCUGAGCUAAAGGCUGUGCUGAACCGAGUGAGUGUGUCCAUGGAGAGACAUCGGAAAGACCAGGAAUUGCAGUAUAUGGAUGGGAAAUUGAGAGAGAGGGAACUGUGGGAGCAAUUAAUGCAGAGACAAGCAGAGCUGGAUGCAGUUCUUUCUUCUCUUCACUGUGCUCGUCUGGUCUGCCAGCUGCGUGCUGACACUGCGCAGUCUUUGGUGUCUGGCUCAUUCUGGUAUAGGGAUUUUGGUGUGCUGCAGCCCAAGGGUGUCAACAACCCUCUGAAAGUUGUAGCCAUGACUCAGCAAAAAAUCCUUCCUCGGCUUGAACGACUCAUUCAGCUCUUGGAGGAAAGCAAAGCACCUGGCCAGAUAACUAGCACACAGCAACAGCCAAGCUUUGGGAAGCAGGCAUUUGGCCGAGAGACUGUUUCCAGAGCGUGGACUGAAUCGGUGUCUGUUGUUAAAGGUGUCUCAACUCAGUCCUUUAAAGAUCAAUUGAAGGCUCCGUCUGCAAGUGAACAGAAUGCCACUGCGCCCUCUCUUCCUCUGUCAAACCCAUCAUACACACAUAAAAGCCAGGAAAAAACCCAGCUGAGCCACAGCCAGGAUGUCCAGGAACCUGGGCUGCCCAUGCACAUCAGUAUCCCGAAACUAGCAGAAGAAGACUGGUCCAGACUGGAAGCAUUAUCUCCACUCUUCCAGCAGAUGAAGAAAGUGGAGCAGCAGCUCAGGGAUAGUGCCAGAGAUAUAGGCCUUCUCAAAAUUCAGCCCCCAGGUGCAGGCCGGUCAUUCUUGGACUUUUUAGAUGCGCAAUGGGAGUGUGAUGGAGAGCUGAUUAAAGUGAACUCUGAUACCCUCAACCCACGAGAGCUUCUUCUCUACCAACAUGGACAGUUCCUCCUACAGCACCUGCACUCACACAAAAUGAUCCCAGCAGUAAAACUGCAACUGGCUUCCAGUCUUCCUUUCAAUGACUACCACAAUAAUGCUUUCCGCAACUCCUUCUAUUAUCAGGAGGAAGAAAGGACACUCUUUGUUCGCAGUCAGAGGUUGCAGUCGGUGGGUGGUCUGUCUCUGCUGAUGAUGCACUGUGCUGCACACAUUUCCACCAACAAUAUGAGGACUGACUCCACUCCUGCCUUCCAGAGGGCUUUCUUCAAGGUUUUACAGAUGGGCCUAAGUGAGCUGUUCCAAGCCAGAUUGGGACUGACCUCUAGAACAGAAGAUGGGAGGCUGAAAGAUAGUUUGGGCUCUGACACAGCUCUCGAUGGUCUUCUUCUGGAGAGAGUACAGAAACCCAGUCCAGGGAGUUUCUCAGAGGAUGAGGUUCAUGGAUGUCUGCAGAAAUACAGGGAGGCUUCAGUUUUCCGCCAAGUCGAGAGUCUCCUGAGAGAUUCUCAAGAGAAGCUGGAGAUCAACCAUCUCGACACUGAUCUGUCUCUCAAUGACAGCACAGAGGACCAAGACGCUGCUCCUCCAUGAGCUGAUGCUCCAACAGUGCUGCCUUUAUUGUCAAUGAUGAAUGCAGAUUUCAUAGGCAUUUUAUAUACUGUGAGAGAGGCCUUAUACUCUUGGAUGAUAAGAAUCCUUGACCUUAAAUAUAAGGUCACGUCCCAGAGGACGCGAAAUCCACGCAGCCUUGCUCAGCCACACAUAGGCCCAUUUUGCAAGUAUCAUUUCAUCUGAAAUCCAAACGCGUUAAAGUGUGUAAUUCCAUUUGCUGGCUCUUAAGGGUUAACUGUUGUAAUAAGUUGCUAUCCUUAAUAAUCUCUUUAUUUUCCUUAUUGCUUCU